CUGCGAAAGGCAGCAAUACGCAACACAUCGUCUAGUCUGGCGGAAAGUCACACGAAGAAGAAAACACUUCCUAGUUAACAGCAGGAGCUGCAGCAACUUGUAUUUCUAGUGAAAUUGUGAAAAUGAUUAUACAAUUGAUAUAACGGACAAGCUAUCUAGUCAAAUGUGAAUGUAUCUAACGUUAGCUUGCUAGCUACACGAUAGGACAAUGACACGGCAUGGCUUUAUCCCUUGCAUUACCUAGCUAGGAAGACAGUAACGUUAGCUACAGUAGCUGCUAGCUAACUUAUUGUCGAACAGGUUGGACAACUAACGCUAUGGCUUGUAUCAUGGAAAGCGCCCUGUCCAAGCUUAUGAAUAAAAAUGUACUUUUCACUGUGUCGAUUUUCGUACGACUUGUUUUGGUCAGUUUUGGUGUCUAUCAGGACAGAACUAUGGUGGUCAAAUACACUGAUAUUGAUUAUCACGUGUUUACAGAUGCUUCGAAGUUCAUCACGCAAGUAAGUUCACCAUUUUCUUAAAUAUUAGAAAUAUACAUACCUGUCUGACAGUUCUGACAGGAGAUCUGUUGUAGGCCUUUCUGGUGUUAUUUGCAAUGUGUUUUAUCCUUGCCAGAAGAUACCGAACCUACCGUUAGACUUGUUUACACUGAGCUGCACUGGAGUCGGAACGCGAUCAAAGUCCCAAAAUGGUUUUUGUGACAUCCAUAUUCCAGAGAUUCCUAGCUUUCAGGAAUGGGGUCAUAAUAUUUAUAGCCAAAACGGUUCAAACGUUAGAGCAAAAUUCAUAAGAAGAAAAUAAAUUCAACAUGCCACAUUGGCUUCAGAAGCUUAUUUUAACAACAGUGAGCGUUUAAUUAUAUCUGUUCUCUACUUUUCCUGGCUGGCAAAGUACCAGGAUGUUGUCUCUGGUUUUGAAUCUGAAUUUAGAGAACUGAAUUUGAUAACUGAAUCUGAAUGCAUCUGAGAAGUUGAAUAUAUGAAACUUUGAUAAACUUGAAAUAAAUGUUUCUAAACAUAAUACACAGACAAUUAAUGCGAUAUAUUCAUUUGAAUAAUCAAUUAAAUUGAAAUAGAAUUUUUAAACUGAAUGCAAUAUUCACUCAAUUCAGUUUCAAGUCAUGAAAUACAAAUCCAAUGUAUGAAUUCAAUGAUUCAAUUUGUGCAUUACAAAUACAAAAAUAUUACAUUCAAAUUCAAUAUUCUAAUACAAAUUCAAAAUUAUGGAUUCAAAUACAAUUUCUUUUGGCACUGAAAUUGCGCCAUACACUGUACAAAUGUUACCUUUAUCCACACUGCUCCAUUGAGAUGAUUGAAACACUGCUUGUUUUCCAGGAAAACGACCCUUUUCGUCCUCAUGCUAGCUAGCAGUAGCCACCGCAGCCAUUUUGGAAUGGCAGUGUCAGCCAAUCAGCUCCUUUGUUGUUCAACACGACGUUGCCAUUCCAUAAUGGCUACUGUGGCUACGGCAACUAGCAUGAGGACGAAAUAGGGCAGUGUUCCGGAAACUACCAGGAUUUAAAUGUUCUCGAUGGAGCAGUGUGGAUAAAGGUCAAAUUUGGAGUACAGUUGCAUAUCCCAUCCCUGCAUUGAGGUAUGUUUUCUGACCCAUAUCUCGGGCCAGCUCCACAGUGUCUUAAUGUAACCAUGAUUGCGUUCCGAGCACAAUGCAGCUCAGUGUAAACAAGCGUAAUGGUGGGGUCGGUAUCUUCUGGCAAGUUUUAUCCUAAAAAAAUUUCAGGGACCUGGCCAGCUGAAAGCCACUGGCUUGAGAAUCAAUAUAAUAAAAUGUUGGUUGGAUCUGUCAAUGUUACAUUACUCAUGCCCAAAUCGUUAUUUGAGAGAAUUUUGCUUUAUUUGAGAGAACCUCCCAGCUGUGAGUCCCUGCUGGUGAUGAGUCUGCAUUCCUGCAAAGCUACACUUUAGCAAACAGUGAUUUUUACAUGUGUAGUGUACCUAACCUGCAUCAUUCUGUCCUCAUGUCAUUGCAGGGCCAGUCUCCAUACCACAGAUCCACCUACCGCUACACCCCUCUACUAGCAUGGAUCCUGACCCCGAACGUCUACCUCAGCCAUGUCUUCGGGAAGCUUCUCUUCAUCACAUGCGACGUGCUCUCAGGCCACCUGAUCUACCUUAUCCUUCGCCAGCGGGGACUUAGCUGCGAGGCUGCCUGCCGUGUCUGCUCCCUGUGGCUCCUCAACCCGUUACCGGCCGGUGUGUCCAGCCGAGGCAACGCCGAGUCGGUCUUAACCGCCCUGGUUCUGGCCACGCUGCUCUGCCUGGAGCUGAGGCGGCUCCCCAUGGCAGCCAUCUUGUACGGCCUGGCCGUCCACAUGAAAAUAUACCCAGUGACCUAUGCCCUGCCUAUCGCCCUAUCCCUACAGAGAAGGGAGGAUGGGGAGGAGAGGAGAGCGGGGUGGUGGAGGAGAGCUCUUGGGUUUGUCCUCAGGCUACUGAAUAAGGAGCUGUUUCUGUUUGCAGGUGUGGCCGGAGUGGUGUUCUGUGGAUUGACUGUCCUGUUUUAUAACAUGUAAGUUUGGGACAGCUCAGUGGGCUAAUGAAAACUUGAGUUGUUGUCGAUGCUCCUAGUAAAGAUCGGUUGGUCAUUGACCAUGAAAGGCUUUUAAUUGUCAGUUUUGAAAUCUGUUAUUUCAUGUGUUUGAUGCUUGUUUUCUAAUGGUAAAUCAUGUUACCAAUACAAUUGUCCUCAUAACUGUUCUCUACCCAUUUGACCGUCUCUAAUCAGGUACGGCUGGGAUUUCCUCCACGAGACCUACCUGUACCACCUGACGCGGAGGGACAUCCGCCACAACUUCUCCCCCUACUUCUACAUGCUGUACCUGACUGCAGACAGCCCCUGGAGCCUGGCCCUGGGCCUGGCUGCCUUCCUGCCCCAGGCCCUGCUGCUGCUCCUGGUCUCCCUGGCCUUCCACACAGACCUGGCCCUCUGCUGCUUCCUCCACACCGCCAUCUUUGUCUCCUUCAACAAAGUCUGCACCUCCCAGGUGAAUAUGACACUCCUCCAUCUGUAUCAUGUUUGAAACUGUUGUUAGGUGUUAAGUAACAUUAAAUCGAUAAACAUGGAUAUUGUGACACUGAUAUGACAUAGAUGGUAUGACAUGUUAGGUUAAAUGUUAUGAUACAUGUGUUGUGUUGAAUGUGACCUUUCCCCCAAUCUGUAUCAUGCUGGUGUUGACGGUGCUAUAUCAUGAUAGCAGUGUUUUUUUGUUGUUGCAUUAUAUUGGUUGAAAACCAAGGGCGUGCAUACUGUAACAUCAAACCCAUGGCAUGUAGCUUGUGGGAAUGUUAUGAUGCUGAUAGUAUGUUUUGUGUUUUUUUGCAGUACUUCCUGUGGUAUCUGUGUCUGUUUCCUCUCAUCCUACCUCGACUGACCCUGUCACCAAAACAAGGAGUAGAACUUCUGGCUCUCUGGUUCGCUGGACAGGUAGGUGCAGCAUUAUUGGUUGAUUUUAGCAAGAUUUCUGUCCAAUUGGCGACAGAUUUUCAUGUGAAUAUUCUAAAAUCCAAAUAAAAAACGAUAUGCGCAUUUUCCCACGAGAUGUUUUCAUCAAAUUGACUUGUUGCGGAUAAAAGGCUUUGCGUGUUGACGUAGUGCACGUAAAGCAUUUAUUUGCAGUUAAAUUCCCAUGUACCGAAUAAAAAAAUCAUGACAUCAGUGGUAUUCAGGUCGGAAAGUGCUCUAUAAAGUUCCCGACUUGAGAUUCCGAGUUGAUGUCCAUUCAAAAAAAAUUUCCCAGUCGGAGCUAGUUUACUUCGAUAUGACGGCUAUUAUAUCAAUAUUUUAGCAUAAAAGCAUGUCCACCACCAUUUAUCACAUAAUUAAUUUAACCAGUGGUGGAAAAAGUACCUCAUUAUCAUAAUUUAGUAAAAGUAAAGAUACCUUCAUAGAAAAUGACUCAAUUAAAAGUCACCCAGUAAAAUUCUACUUGAGUAAAAGUUUUAAAGUAUUUUGUUUAAAAUAUACUUAAGUAUCAAAAGUAAAAGUAUAAAUCAUUUCAAAUUCCUUAUAUUAAACAAACCAGACGGCACCAUUAAAAAAACUUUUUUUACGGAUAGCCAGGGGCACACUCCAAUAUUCAGACAUCAUUUACAAACGAAGCAUGUGUGUUUAGUGAGUCCGCCAGAUCAGAGGCAGUAGGGAUGACCAGGGAUGUUCUGUUGAUAAAAUGUAACGAGUACUUUUGGGUGUCAAGGGAAAUGUAUGGAGUAAAAGGUAUAACAUUUUCUUUAGGAAGGAAGUGAAUUAAAUGUAAAAGUAGUCAAAAAUAUAAAUAGUAAAGUACAGAUACCCCCAAAAAACUACUUAAGUACACCACUGAAUUUUACAGACACAAAAAGAUCCCACCUUGUCUAGCGUAUUUGUUUUGUCGACAUUUGGAAAGUUUACCAACAAAUUUGCUGUUUCAAUCAGGCCUGCAGUGGCAUUUCUUAUCCAACGUACUUUACUUGCAUAAAAAGGUUGGCUGGAAACCUAGUUAUAGUCCCAUUAUACAAACAUAAAUGGCUUCAAAAAUAGACCCAACCUAACUUACCAUAUACAGUAUUACCAGACUAACCAACAUGGCUCCAAUAUUAUCAAAUGAAACAGUAGCUCAAAAAUUCCCCCAAAGUUGGUCAUUAUAAUAUUGAUAAAUAAAUACAUAACUUGUGUCCUCUCGAAGUGGCAUCAGACUAUGGCUUGCAUCAUAUAAAAUGACUUGUCAUUGAAGUUGUAUAGCAAAUGCUUACCCUUUGUAUUUAGGAAAUGUUUUCUUCUUCUUUUGUCUCAGGGUAUAUGGUUGGCCCCUGCGUACUACCUGGAGUUUGAGGGAUACAACACCUUUCUGCUCAUUUGGCUGGCUGGACUGCUAUUCUUGAUCAUUAACUCAUUCAUUAUGGUACAGAUUAUAACCCAUUACAAACCAUCAGACACCAUGCAGAGACUGAAAGCAGAGUGAUAUCCGGACAACUACUUGAACACUUCAUUCUACGUUCCUUGGAUAUAAGGGAUCAAAUGAAGACUUUUCACUAGUAGCCAACUUAAUUGCUGAUAAUUGCAAUGCAUUUGUUAUUUGGACUAUAUGGGGAAUUAUGUAUGUAUAAAAGCAAAGAAAUCUGGCAUGGAUGUCUAUUCAAUGGAUGAUAUUGGUCGUUGUUUCAAUUUGGUAAAACAUUUAUGUAUUUUUUUUUUUGAAAGCUAUUUGAAACUGUACGUACACAAUCCAAUCUUG